UUAAUACCGGAAGUCUGCAAACGUAACUUCCCGUUGAGCGACUGCACGCAUUCUGGAUUUUUCUAUUUCUUUAAUUUUAUUUUGUGUGUAUAUAUAAUUUAAAAAGUCGCGCUUUUAGAGAAAAUGGACAUUCUGAAAGCGGAAAUCGCGCGGAAGCGGAAGUUAUUGGAGGAGAAAGAGCUCGUGGAUAACACAAAGAAGUACUUCAAGCGGGCUGAACUCGCCAAAAAGGAGGAAGAAGAGUACUUUAAACGAUGUGGAUACAACGAGAAGAAGCAGCAGAAAGAGGAAACCACGCCGUCCACCUCAUCCAACCCCGUCUUAGAGCUGGAGCUCACUGAGGAGAAGUUACCCAUGACCCUCUCUCGACAGGAAGUGAUCCGGCGUCUGAGGGAGCGCGGAGAGCCGGUGCGUCUUUUCGGAGAGACUGACUACGAUGCCUUUCAGAGGCUCCGCAAGAUCGAGAUCCUCGCACCGGAAGUGAACAAGGGUCUGAGGAACGAUCUGAAGGCGGCGAUGGAUAAGAUCGAUCAGCAGUAUUUGAACGAGAUCGUAGGAGGGCAGGAGGCUGGAGAUCCAGACGCACAGGACGACCUUAAAGUGCAUGAAGAGAACACCACUAUCGAGGAGCUGGAGGCACUGGGUGAAUCUCUAGGCACCGGAAACGACAUGAAAGACAUGGACAUUAUAGAAAAAGUGAUGCGGUUCUUGCUGGGUGUUUGGGCUAAAGACCUGAACAGCAGAGAGUACCACAUUAAGCGGAGCGUACAGGGAAAGCUGGCCAGCGCGACGCAGAAACAGACCGAGUCUUAUCUAAAGCCUCUGUUCAGAAAACUGAGCAAGAAGACUUUAUCUCCAGAUAUUAAAGAAUCCAUCACAGACAUCAUUAAGUUCAUGCUGCAGAGGGAAUAUGUAAAGGCGAAUGAUGCGUACCUGCAGAUGGCGAUAGGGAACGCUCCGUGGCCUAUCGGUGUGACCAUGGUGGGAAUCCAUGCGCGUACUGGCCGAGAGAAAAUCUUCUCCAAACACGUCGCUCACGUCCUCAAUGACGAAACCCAGCGGAAAUACAUUCAGGGUCUGAAGAGGUUAAUGACAAUCUGUCAGAAGCAUUUUUCCACAGAUCCUUCGAAAUGUGUGGAAUACAACGCUCUGUGACACACAUACACACACACACACACACACACUCACUCACCCACCCUGCUCCUGUGUAAAUAUAUAUAUAAUGUAAAUAUUAUUAAAUCAACAGUCUGAAUAAAUGCUUUUCAAAUCAUA